AGAUUACGAAAGCAACAAUAUUCUUGACAAUUUGUUAUCGCGUAUGGAGCAAUAUGCUAACAACUUAGAAACUUUAGUCGACCAACGAACUGUGGAUUAUUUGGAAGAGAAGAGAAAAUGUGAAGAGCUGUUGUAUCAAUUACUUCCGAAGUAAGUACAAAUAGAAACAAUAAUAAUAUAUCAAACCAAUAACUAUACGAUGCAGUGUGUAUUUUUAUCGUAUAAUAAAUAUAAAAACCAAUGGGAAAAUAUAUUAUUUAAAGGGGCGAUAAUAAAUUCCAACCAAUCUAAAUAGGUUUGCACGACCUUUAAAUAGAAUUGUACUCAUAUUUUCGACGUUUCGACGUUCGUAUACGUAUACCAGACGAUAUAACAUAAAUCGUACUUAAAAUAUUUAGGUCUCAAAAAGUUGAGUUUUGGUUCACUUGCCUAAGACCAUUAGAUUCGAUGUUCGGUAAAGAAGUAAUUAAGUGCCCCUAAAAUUAAUAAUUUUUGUUUGUGAUCCACGAGGAAAAUAAAUUGAAUUCACCCAUACCCUAAAAUAACUCAAAUGAUUAUAAUAUUUAUUUAUUUAUUUAUUUAUUUAUAAACGCUAGGUAAUUUUAUAGUAACAUUUUGAGUUUGGUUUACAAGUAACACAGUUAUUUAUUAUAUAAUACUAAUAAUACAUAGUAACAACGAAAAUAAUACAGAGACAACAAAAUACAAAUUAGAUGGUGAUAUAUUGUAAAGUUCACAUGACAAUUUAAAAAUAGACUUCAGAAUAAAAAUACGGUUAGUGGGAAACUGAUGGAAAAAAUAUCUGUUAUUUAAUUUUCAAACGAAAAUUUUAAAACACAAAAUUUAAAAGUACUUUUUUUAUUUCGUUCAUUUUUACCGAAAUUGUUUCUUAAAUUAUUCUAUUUUAGAGCCUAAACGAAGUCAAGAAUUUCUUGGUUACAAAAAUAUUGGGAAGGUCAUUUUUGAUUUCCCUUGUAGUUUUAUUAAUAACGGGGAAAAGCGUAAAAAAGGGAAUCUUUAUUUUUAUUUAUUUUUUUUUGUAAUUCAGUAUAAGGUAUUUAAAAACACUAUAGACAUCAACAUAAUGAAAUUAUUAAAACAGCAAAAAUUUAAAUUUGUUUUGCCGGAUUAUACUUUUUCUUUUUUUUUCUCCUUGUGACAACCUAAAUAAAUACAUAAAUAAUAAUAUAAACUCAGCGAACUUCCGAAUUUCUAAAACACUUCAUCGAAAUGCAAAAUAAUUAUCCCGACCGACUUUUCAAUGGGGCAUCUUAGAAAGUUUAAUUUUCUAGGCGCUCUGAAAUUAUUUACCUCUCAGAUUUUACAAUAUUGUGCUUCAUAAUCUUAUUUGUGAACGCAAAAUAAAAAGGACAGAAAAAAAUGUCAAAUAUAUUUUUGAGGGCUGCUAAUAUAGUUUUAAAUAGAUUUAUUUUUAAGUUAAUAGUAAAUUUCGGGUCUAAUUUUACAUUAUCGCGCGCUUAUAGAACGCUUUUAUGGAGAACGACAUUUUAAUUAAAGUACACAAUCUGCGUUCGAUCAUAAAAAUGUGCUACACGAACAAUUUUGACCAUUUUACUGUUUCUGAAAAUAUCGCAUUUUCUAUAACAAUACAAAUAUAUGAAUACAAUACCAAAAUAAAAAUACGACUUUUCGCUCGACAAAGAAAAUAAAAGGGUCCAAAAACCUCCAAUCGAUUCCCGUUCAAUAUCUAAAACAAACAAAACAAUAGCACAGGUAAUAUAAUAUUUAACGAUUUCAGAAAGUUUAAAUUGUCAACGAUUCAUAUAAUUCAAUUGCACGAGGUUAAAAUACUUAAUAUAAGUUAUAUACUGAUGAUUUUUUAACUUUCUGAACGAUGAAAAACGUGUUCAAGCAAAACAAAAGAAAAGACAUUUUGAAAUGGUUUUAUUGUUAAAAUUUAAAACGCAUAUUAUGAAACUAAUAUAAAACAAUUAGUUUAUGUGAUAACUUCAUCGGCAUUUUUGGAAAUAUUACUAAUUUAAUCUAUAAAAAAAAAUCUAAAAUACAGCUUUAAAUAAACGUCUUUCUCGAAGUUAAUUUUUAGUGUGCAUUUUUUUUUAACAUUUGUCUACGAUAAAUAACCAAUAGUGUCAUUCGGCAUACAAAUAAUCAGUGAUACAUAUGAAUGGAUAUCAGAGUAUAGUAUCAUUAUUAUUUACCUAAAAAGUAAUCGCAGUCAAAGAUGGUCUUCGGUUCUUGACGAUUUGUGAUAAUUCCACAUACUACUACUAUUUAUGUGCUCGCCCAUCAGCGCGUAAUUUUUUCCUUCGAAACAAGUAAAAUGUCCACUUUAGGUACAUUAUUUUCUUUGAUCAUCGCGGAUUUGAAAUAUAAUUUUUCUCGUUUAAUUAUAAAUGUGCAAUUCCAACUGUUAUUCAGAACUAAGUAUAACAUUAUCCCUAACUUUUGUUUUUAUUUUCUUGCAGUCAAUUUGUUAUAAAAAAAAAAACAACAACUGAAUCGAAAAAUAUAAGUAAUUCAAAUAUAAAAACCGUAAAGAAUAAUUAAGAUGUAUAAUUUGUAUUAAUUCGUCUACGAUUUUAAAGCGCGUAGAUAUAAUAGGGGGCAAAUUAAAUUAUAGAAUUAUUUUUAAAACAAAACGCUUAUUUUAUAUUCUAAGUGGAGCGAGGAAUUUAUUGGUUUUACAAUGAUGUUUAUUACUUUUUAUCUGUGAACAACUUUUCUACUAGCAAUUUUGCUCCAAUUUUCAAUUCAAGCAUUUUUCUGAAAGGAAAUCUGACGGAGUGGUACUUUCGGGAGGUCAUUUUUUUAUUUUCCUAGCUGUUUUCAUAAUAAAUAGGAAGGUGUGUGCUAAAAUUACCAAAAUGUAUAAUGUCUAAAAAGAUAUAUUAUUAAUAAAUUGGAAUAAUAUUUUGCCCAUGGGGUACCUGCUCAUAUCAGUGGUGUAACCAGGAAUUUUUAAAGGAAAUGUUGCAUGUCCACAUAUUAAAAAAACAAAAACAUAUUUCUGACGUUUAUACGUUAUAUACAUUUUAAUAAAUUUAUAUUACUUAAACAUGAAUGAAGAGGGAUUUCCAAACACCCAAGACACCCUCCUUGUUAUACUUUUGGCUAUUAUUAACUUGAAUCUAAUUAAUAUUACAGUUUUCUAUUCAUUUCAUCAUAAUAUAAGUUUUUUAAUUCAAAAGUCACUUUGAAGGAUGCUUUCAUUUAUUUUACUCGAACACAUUUUUACCAUAGACAAUUAUCGUUACCUAUCACGUCCUCUUAAUAAAUAGGAUCUACCUGUCUUAUAAUACUUACUUUAGGUUAUUAUAGUAGCAUUUAGAACAUUUUUAUAGUACCUAUCGAUGAUAUUUUAAACGCGAAAUCAAAACGGUCAAACCGAUAGAUCGUGUUCUACCGAAAACAGUUUGGAGGAAAAACUAUACUUCUUGAGUAUUGGUCAGUGUUAUGUUUUAUCUGAAUAAAUUAUCUAGACAAGUAUAUGUCUAUAUUUUAUAUUAUCUAGAUCGAUCGAAAAUAAGUUAUUAAAGAGAUAAAUAUUUGAACCAUCUGUAUUAAUUCAUCUAGAUGACUAUUUUUAUAAUCUUAAUUUACAUAUUUAUUCAAAUAAUAGAUGAAAUAAUUAAUUUAUAUUAGUAUGGUUUAAUAAAUAAAUUAUUAAGUUACAUCAAUUUUUAAACAACCUUUAUGAAAUAUAGAUUUGUAUUAAAUCUCGUACAGUUUUACCACUUUCAGCACUCAUUUAUCUUUAGACAAUCUAAUCUAGACAAUUAAAUUGUUAUGUAUUCCUUAUUCUCAUCUAGAUAAUUAUUCCAGAAAUUAUCCCUUAUAUUUAUCUAGAUAUUUUCAAAUUUAUCUUUAUACAUAAAAAAAACUGCCCCUGGCAUUUUAAUAUUCCACGAUUGUUUUUGAUUGAUCGCGGAAAUCGACAACUCGAUCGUUCAUGCGGUGCGCGUUAAUAUAAUAAACAAUUAAUAAUUCCAAUAUGACGUUCGCACUGCGAAACAUUAAAAGAGAAAAUAUUAUAUUUUUUUUUUUUUUUUUUGUAUCCAUUAUAAUAUUAAUAUUACAAACGUUGGACGGCGGGAGAUUUAUUAUUCACGUUGCGGUUUAUUUUCAUUUUUUAUUAUUUUAUUGUUAUUAAAUUUUUAUCUAUUACACGGAAUUAACUUUCGAAAAAAAAUGUGUGAUACUAUAAUAUAAUUUAAAUCCUUCAUUAUAAGUUUUUGUUAUCUUCACCUAGACGUACUUCGCACCAUGGAUAACAUGUAAUGAUAGUUAUUACCACUGUCGUAUACGAAAAUUUUGGAAGGUAUAGGAUAUAGGGUACCUAAUUAAUUUAUAAAUUAUUGCUAGGUAUCAAAAGUCUCUUCUGAAUGAAGCUCAGGUAACAUUAUUGGUAUGUACGAUCAACUUUUGAGCCUAUUAGGAACCAACGAUGUCCUAUAUUUGAUAACCAUCGUUAAAAUUUACUUUUCCAAUAAUUAUCCCAGUCGUCGGUAAUAUUCGAAAGAGAAAUGAGAACUAUCUGAAACUCUAAUGACGAAACAUUUAUCUCGCUAUGUUUGUCUUUAUGUGAGUGCUUAACCGGUACGUUAAAUCCUGAAAAAGGAGUGAAAAAAAUUCCGUAAAAAAACUGUAGUUGAAACAAGUGAGUACCUAAAUCACCCGGCCGACGUACUUAAAACGUGAGAACGAAAAAAUAACAGAAAUGAGAUUUUAUGAUUGUCUAGUGUGAUAUAAUAUAAAAACAAGGUAUCCCAAGAGUAUCUAGAGGAUAACAGAAAAAAACGAGAGAAAAUACAUCAAGGUGAUAUAUGAUGGACACGUUGAUAAAAGGAGUAAACGGUGCGAUAGUAUUAAAAAGAUAGAUGAAUUAAGCGUGGAUGGAACGAUAGAAAAACCUCCAAAAAACGUAGCUAGAUGAAGUUAUUAGAAAAUAAUUGAAGAUAUAUAGAUGAAGAAAUGGCAAUAGAAAGAGAUAUGUGGAGAAUAUGAACACAAGUAGAACGUUGUCGACUCUAGUUAUAUACUCGUAAAAAAAAUGCGAAGCAGAAGACUUGUGAGAAAAUAUCACCGAUCCUGGCAAGGUACAUAACGAGGGGUUUCCACAUAACUAUAUAUUGAGAUUAUGUAUUUAUUUAAUGUACCGAUUUUCUAUUUUUCCUAAGUUUUCCCAAGUUUUUCCGGUUUAUCGCAAUUCCUGGAAAAACCGAAAAAUGACCUUCCCAGAAAGAUUUCUUUUCAGAAAAAGUGCUUUCAUUUUAAAUCGUUACAAAAUUGCUGAUAGAGAAAUUGUUCAUAGAAAAAAAGAAGGCCAUAAUAGUUUUAACCAAUACCUACAUUUCUUAUAUUUUCCGGUUUUUCCUCAGUUUUUUUGUCGGUUUUUCACAUUUGAUAAGAAAACUCAUGAUAAACUCAAUGACCUCAGGGGUUAACCUAACUCAACCUAAUCUAACCUAACCUUAAAGUACCAUUCCAGUCAGAUUUCCUUUCAAAAAAGGUGCAACACUUAAAAAUCGAUGCAAGAUUUCUAGUAGAAAAGUUGCACGCGCAUAAAAAAAAUAAACAUAUUUGUAAAACCAUGAGCUUUUUUGCUCAACUCAAAAUCUAAAAUACCGGUUUUAUCAUUUUUUUUUUUUUUUAACAACUUUGCCGAGAUUAUUUCACCAUUAUUUCGCGUAUAACCGGAUGAUACCUCGAAAAAGUUACUUCUAUAUCAUAAUAUACACUUAUUGUUUCAUUUAUAUUUAUUUAAAAAAUACAUAAAACCCGAGUCUCACCCAAAACUAUGUAUCAAACGAUUUUAUAAAUAUCUGUGUAUGUACUCGUUGAAUUCGUUUUUAAUUAUAUAUGCCAAUAAGAAAAAUAAUUUAUUCAGUUUAAUUGAAAACGCGUUAACUUUAAAAGCGACGAAAGCUGACCUAUUGGACUAUUUCACUGUUUUAUAAGGUGAAAAUUAUAAAAUUACCAGUAAAUAAUAGAUAUUAUUACGAUUUGAACUUUUUGAAAAAUCGAAAAAAAUAUGUAAUUUUAUUAAAUUACGAGGAUUACGAGGUCUGGCUAUUAAAUAACGAGACUGCUUAUGAAAAAUGGUUUUAUUUUAAAAAUUAUUCCACAACCAAAUGUUCCCCUUCAAUAUACUCUCCUCCCCUCUUCACACACCGUUUCAUUCGUUUCUUCCAUUGCUCGAGGCAGUGCUGGAAGUCUGUUUUCGUAAAACCAUUCAGGAGUUCCGCCGAUUUUUGUUUCACCUCUUCCAUCGACUCAAACCGGAUUCCUUUUAAGGCAGACUUUAUCUUCGGAAACAAGUAAAAGUCGCAGGGUGCCAAGUCGGGUGAGUAAGACGCGUGUUCGAGUACUGGAGUGCCUUAAGCGGCCAAAUAACGCUUCACAGACAGCGCGUUAUGGGCAGGUACGUUAUCCUGGUGCAAGAUCCACGACUUGUUUUUCCAUAAUAUCGACCGUUUCUUACGAACUCAUUCGCGCAACGUUGCCAAAACUGUCAAAUAGUAAUGUUGGUUCACAGUUUGACCCUCUGGAACCCAUUCAGUCAUCACGAUGCCGUUGAUAUCGAAGAAAACGAUCAGCAUGGUUUUGAAUUUGGAUUACGACUGAAUUAGAUUCCGGUGCACUCUCGACCUUCAGAAAAUAAUUUAUGCCACUCAAAAACACGCGCCCGAGAUAGGAAAUCCUCACUAUAGGCCUCUUUUAACAACUUAUAGCACUCAGUUGGAGUUUUUUUUAGUUUAACGAGAAAAUUUUACGUUUAUCCGUUGCUCAUGUUUUUCGUCACACAUCGUUUUCGGCAAGAGACAAAAACAUGUUCGUUUCUAAACGCUACAGAAAAUAUACUAAUGCACCACCAAAAACUCGAUUUUGUACUGGCAUAAUAGACACUUCCAGCUAACCAGCGCUGUAUUCGUUUUUCCUCUAACCUUUUUGGAACGCUCUCUGCGCGUGUAGUCUCGUUAUUUAAUAGCCAAACCUCGUUUAUUACAUUAUUACAAUAAUUUGAAUGAAACAAAUCACUGCAUGAAUUUUUUUGAUUUUAUAGAUUUUACUAUUUCGAUAGAGUUUUUUCUAUAUUCUGUAGCUGUGACCAAUUUUUGCAUUAGGAAUCUUGAUCUGAUUUUCAAGUGUAGCAUCUUUUCUGAAAACAAAUUUCAUCUUUUUGGUGCAUUUGAGGAGGUAAUUUUCUGAUAUUCUUUGUAAUUUUCUUAACUUCGUUUAAUAUGCAAUAUUGUAAAACGGUUCUUUUUCGUAGUUGGAUCAUAAAAUAAUUGACCGUUUAUAAAAUAUAUACGACGUUUGUACACUCAAUAAAACGGCAAUAUGCGAACUAUUAUAUUAUUAUAAUACUCAAAAGUGUAAAAUAACGAUUUUGCAAUAACACUAAUCGCGUUAAAAAAAUAUAUGGUUUUCGAAAAAACACUCGAGGAAAGUAUAAAAUAAAAAAACCUUGACCUAAACAAUAUAAAAUUGAAUCCAUUGUUUUUAUUUAUGGCCCAAUAAAAUACUCCACUGACGCGUAUACAGAGGUGCAGGAUAAUAAAACAAACUCCCUAAAUGCCUCUAGUAAUAAUAAUAAGUUUAUUAUGCAUCGUUAUUGUACGCAAUUUUUACCCGCUACACUAUACGCGCAAUUUUUUUAUUAUCGAAAUGUUAGUAAUAAUACUUUUCAAGUGUCUUUGCCUUCCUCCCAUCAAACCAAUAAAAUAAUCUUCGAUCCUUUUUCCGAAACCUAAUGUAUUAUUGCUCAUUUUUUUUUUUUUUUUUUUAAUAGCUAGGUUCAGGUAUUAUAAUAUUUUGUUUAUUUUGGUUAUAAAUCUGGUACCAUUUAUCAUUCAAAAAUAUGUGUGUUGGUUAAUAGAGAAUAUUUAAAUUCGGUUCCGGGCCCUGUUAUUUUAAGGGUUUUUCGGAUUCUAGAACCGCUUCUUUUCGGUUGGGUUCUAGUCCCUGGUUUUAAGUGCUGUAAGUCCCAAACUCUGGUCAUUAGACAUGGAUAAUUUCGGCUCUUGAUCGUGUAUGGGCAAGAGGAUUAAAUUUAGUUUCGACAUUUUUGUUCGCAUUAAAUAAAAUAUUAUAAUGCCGUGUACGUACGUCGUAAUUGUCGCCCUGAGAUGAUAUCUCGCGCUUUUACAAUUUAAUAUUAAACAUAUAAGUUUGGUCGAUUUCUAACAUUAAUGUACUUUAAUUACAACGCGUCUUUCCAACGAGAUCACGGAUUACUAUACCAAAAACGCAUACACAUUACUUAUAUACAGAGUGAUUAUUUUAUCUCGAACCAGCGCGGUUAUAUCUAUGAAAAAAUUUCUGGUAAAUUUUAUCGUAUAUUAUAAGCAAUAUAAAUGUUAAAUAAUGAUCGCUAGUAUACCACCGAUUUUAUUGGCAAUAGUUUCAUAAUUUUACCCUUGUUUUCCGUACAAGCCCGAAUUCAGACAUUUAGAGUUCCUAGGGCAAAUUUUCCAAUGAGGCUCUCAAAAAAAAAAUGAUUAAAAAUCGAAUCAUCAAAAAUUAUUACUCAAUAUAGUAAUAAUAAUACAUAAUAUAGAACCUUAAACUGUAAAAGAAUACAUUCUCUUUUCGAAUCUGAGUUUAUAAUCGUUUAGAUAUCAAAUAUAUUUUUACUCGUGCUCAUAGUAAACAAAUUCGUGAAAUUGUCAAAGUAUUGUUAAAAUAAAAUCAAUAAACUAAUUCUACUGUAACCGGAAAAAAAUAUAAAAUCAAAUUUACUCAAAAUAUUCACAGUUUAUCAUUGCUUCAAGAUAAUAAAAUAAUCACCCUGUAUACGAAUACUAUCAACUUUUCGCUUAUACAUUUUCAAUGUUAUACCUGUACGAAUAAUAUCCUAUUCGUGUACUGUACACCUACAUGAAUUCGUUUAAUAAUAAUUAAAUGCACACGUUCGGGUGUGUUCGUAUAAAUAAUGUCACUUCAGGCGAUGAAAACUUGUACAUACGAUCCCCAAACGAAUGUCCCGCGGGUUUUCUUCGGUCAUUUCCGUCGUAAUAUAAUGUACCAUUCAUCGUAUACUUCCCCCGCGCAGAUUAAUAUUGAAAACUUACACUAUUCGAUUGAACGAAAAAAACAUUAAUAUGUGUCUUCGUGUAGAAAAAUUGAUUAUUUAAAAAUGUAUUUUCCGUGUAACCAAUAAUUAUUUAUUUUAUUUAUUUAUUUAUUAAAAUAAACAAAAAAAAAAAUAGCAAUUUUCGUAUUUUAAAAACAAAUUGUCUGUAGGCCUCACUUUAGGGGUUCAAUUUUUCAUUAAAAACGCUUUCUAAACACUCCUGGAACUAAUAAUAAUAAACCAUACAAUUUUCGGCGAAAUCAGUCGAGUGGUUUUUGAAUCUAUAAACCACGACCAUACGUAUAUUGCUUAUUAUACUCGUAUAUAAAACAUGUAAUUGUAUCUACUGCAUUUAGGAACCUAUACAAUGCAAUACAAUAUGAUUUAUACUAUUACAAAAAUAAAUUAUGCACCUACUCUGUUUGAUAUUAAAUCAAAUUGCGCGAUAAAAUAUAAUACGUAUAUUAUGCUAUAAUAAUCGUAUCAAACCCCUUUAUUAGCACUAGUUGAAUAUUCUACGAGCUAUUUUAUUUUACUGUUCGUGUUUCAGCAGAGUUUUUAACAUAUCGAAAUAUUUAUUGUUGGUAACAAACUGUUUUUCACUGACCCGUUUUUGUAGGCCCGUGGCCAGCCAGCUGAUUUUAGGACAGUCCGUAGAAGCUGAGACAUAUGACAACGUGACGAUUUACUUCAGUGACAUCGUAGACUUCACGUCACUGAGCGCGGCGAGCACUCCUCUGCAGGUGGUCGACCUGCUCAACGAUCUCUACACGUGUUUCGAUUCCAUCGUAGAAAACUUCGACGUGUAUAAGGUGAUGAGCCGUGCCGAAACGUCGAUUUUUACCGUCGGGAACGAAAAAUUAAAAAAAAAUUAUAAAUUAACUGCGCACUUAUCAUUUAUUUACUUGUUUCGUGUUACAGGUGGAAACUAUCGGAGAUGCGUACAUGGUGGUUUCCGGACUUCCAGUCCGUAAUGGAAACUUGCACGCACGUGAGAUAGCCCGGUUGUCGCUAGCACUGCGAUCGGCAGUAUACAGCUUUAAGAUUAAACACCGGCCAGACGAUCAACUUAAGUUGCGUAUCGGCAUACACACCGGUAAGCUUUCAAAUAUUAUAUAAUGUUUUAUCAUAUUAUAUUAUGUUGUUGACUAGGAGUGAAGAAUUAUCCUCCUUAGAGAACCUCUCCAGUCAUAUUUCCUUUUAGAAAAACUGCUAUCAUUAUAAACCGGAGCAAAAUUGUUAGUAAAAAAGUUGUUAACAGGAAAAAAAAAGGCCAACAUAUUUUUCAACUAAUAUAGGUACUUCGUAAAUUUGUCCGUUUUCUCCAAUUUAUUAAAAAAAACUCCUGGGAGAAUCAAAAAAUGACCUUACAGUACCACCACGGUCAAGUUUCCUUUCAGAAAGUUGUUCACAGAUAAAAAAAAAAUACUUCAUCGUAAUAUCAUAAGCUUUUUCGCUCCACUCAGAAUCUUAAACUAACCAUAAACCUUUUCGAGCUAUCAGCAGAGAAAAAUGUCUAUAAUGAAUCAGGAAUAUGAAAAAGCAUUUUAAAACCCGGGUUUUUAACCAGUGUAACGUUCAAUUUGAAUAUAACUUCACGAUUUUCGUUUUUAAAUAUUAGAUAUCGAGUAUUCUUUAUAUGGGUAACAUAUAUCGGAUAUUGGUAAAAAGGGGUAUCGGCCCAUCUCUAAUAAUAAUUUUCGUAUGUUUAAAAUACAACUCCAUAACUUUGACCUUUGAGUGUACCGAAAGUGCGUUAAAUUUAAGUGCGUAAACUUUCCUUUACUAAUUUGGCUAGUAAAAUUUUUAAAUUUGUAAAACAACACGACAAACACAACGCUCGUUCAUGUCCGUGUACAGGCAAGGGGAAGGAUAAGAAUUCGAAAAUCCCUCUACUCGAAAUUUUAAAAAUGUUACUUUAAACUCAAUCGUCUUUUUAUAUCAAUCAAUAUUAUACUAGUUUUAUAAUUCAAAAUGUUAAUUUUUUUCACUUAUGAACACCUCCUUCUUUCUUUGAAUUUUCAUUCGGUACACACAUCUGCGAUCAUUACCAUUUUCGUUUGUAAAAUCAAAAUAAACAAUAAUCCAUUAGGAACGUCAACGUUUGAUACCUAUGGAGUGAAACGACUUCUAUAUUAUAGUAAGUUCGUCUAGAAAGUUUCAAAACGUUUAUAUUGUGUACGUUAUUGUAAGACGUGGAAAACGAUUCCAAUUUAAAAGUCUAGACAAAAACAAAUUGUGACUUUAUAGUAUCGGUAUUGUGAACAUGUACGACCAGCGUCGUCGUCGUAGCCGCAUACUGCAGUACAUAAUAAUAAUAUUAUAACGUCGGUAUUGUUUACUAUUUUUAUUUUUUCGCGCAAAACCGUAAAAAGUACCGAAAUAAAAAUAAUAUAGCUAUAAAAUGUGCAAUAACAAUGGAAACUGAAUUGCGACGAGCAUAUAAUAUUAUUAUGUAUAAUUCUGGUUGUUCGUAUACUGUUCUGUAUGACGGUCGACAAAAAUAUUGUAGUUUGCCGCGACGACCGUAUAUCGAAACAAUCUACAGUCGAAAUUAUAUACAGAAAUAUGGUACGAGUAGGUAUACUAGGACGGAUGAAAAUAAAACUCAAACUACCGCUCUCCUGUGAUCACAAAUAUUUGUAUUGCUUGUUAUAAUUGUUUUAAAUUCUCGGUGUAGCCGGGAGUGUGUUGGUUUUACCUUGUAAAAGUACUAUUACUACAUGAUUGAAUUUUUUCUGUCUGUCUGUUAAUAGUGUUAACAAUAACUUUUCUACCAAAAACCUUGCUUCAAUUAGUUCAUUAGUUGGUGGAUUUCAAUGGAACAAUUUUCAUUUUUCAUGUUUCUUAACGGUAGAUAAAACGCCGGGAAAACUAGAAAAUAUAUGAAAUAACGGUUUCUGUUAUUUUCGAUUUCGUUUUUGUAAUUCAAUUAAACAUAAUCGUAUAAAAAACCCACUAUUGUUUAUAAAUAACUCAACAAUUGUUGACCAAACAAUUUUUUCCAUUUAAUUAUCGAAAAUGUCAAAUGCCUAUAAAUAGCUCGAAAAUCACGAUUUUAUCUUAAACGAGUUACAACAAAAACACAAAAUAUUUGUCCGUUUAUCCUACACGUUUUUUCACAAUUAUUAUGAAAAUCGCUUGAACGUUCAAAAAAUUACUUCUUCAAUACACCGAUUAUAGAUCCAAAGUUCAAAAAAAAUUGUUUCUAGUUAUUUUUCGAUUGGAGCAAGAUUUCUAGUAGAAAAGUUACAGAUAAAAAAAUUAAAAAACCGCACACAUUAUGGUAAAAAUGAAAUAUUGUAACGGCAAUAAAUCAGCUGAUGAAACCAAAAGUGUUGAAUGUCUGCACAAAAUCAUAUUAAACGAAUUUCAGACACGUCAAUAUUAAUAAUAUUGUACCUAUAAGUUUUACAACUAUACCCAAUCGCAUACCCAACAAUAUUCUAAUUUUUUUAUGCGAUUAGCAAUAUUUGCUUGUGCGAAAAAUCAUCGUACCAUAUUAGUUUAUAUAAUUAUAUCAGUAAUGAUAAUUUAAUUUGUUUAAUAUCGGAUUAUACAUAUGCUUUCAGCACCGUAUAUAAUCGUUGAUGUUGAAGUCGAUAAGUUAGAAAAUCAUAUGCGAUAUAGGGUAAUUUAUUAUUAGUAUCUACCCUACCUACGAAAAAUACUGAACACUGAGAUGCUAUAAAUCGUUGUAAACAAACAAAAGAUGAUUUCAAAUCGAACUUGUUACACUCAUUAAAACUCAUUUUCUUGUAUAAAUUGGGGAACCCAAAAAUUCAAAACUUAAAUACGAACCCACUUAUGUAUAUAUAAUACUUGUAGAUUUCCAUGCUCGCCAUAGAUUUAGUCCAAAUGACACAGUCAUUUUUUGUAGGUUUUUACAAAUUAUUUAGAAAAACGGUUAAGUGUCCAGAAAAAUAUUUGAAAUAUCUAAAACAGCAGUAAAAGUUUUGGAGAAUUUUUACUAACAGAAAAAGUGGUCACAGACAUUUAAAAAAAAUGAUUCAUAAAACUAAUAUAUUCCUCCCUCCAAAUAUAAAUAUAUAAAGUAUAUUUCAGUGCAUUUUUUUUUUUAUAGGACCAUGUGUCGCCGGAGUGGUGGGACUCAAAAUGCCGAGAUACUGUUUAUUUGGAGACACGGUUAACACAGCCUCAAGAAUGGAAUCCAACGGAGAAGGUACGUAAUAGUAGUAUCGUAACACGGGCCAUCGGUUAUAAAAAGUAAAACGAAAAUCAUCGUCGACUUUACAAAGGGUUUUUGAAACGCAUACGUCUGUGUUAACCAUUUCCACUCAAUAUUCUAUAACGUGUAAUAACAAUAGCUUGACAAUUCCAAUGCGAUAAAUUUCAAAAAUUAUAAGCCUGCUAAUAAAAAUCUCUCCCCCUUCUCCUCCUAAUGACCUUCGACCAUAUGUUCAAUAUUCCUAUAUAUUAUUACGUUUUUAACUCGCCCUUUGGUCGACAAUUUUAUGAGCGAGACCCUUUUUGACCAAAAUCAUACCCUUCUCUUUUCGGUUAAAUCAAAAAUGUAUAAUCAUAUAAAACCAAAAAUUAUAUGGAACUUAAUUUUUGAUUAAUUUUUAAUCGGCCGAAAAGUAAAGGGUUCCACGUUCGCGGGUUACGACAACCGACAAAAUGUGUUCAAAUCGAAACCAAAAUUCGUGUUAAUCAUAGUCAUUAACAAACCGUGUGGGAUGUUUUUAGCCAAAAUACGAGUGUUGGAAUUUAAUUUUCCACGUCCACUCGAGUGAAAUAGUCUUUCUUGGGCUUUAAAACGAAAAAAGUAAUUAAAUAAUCGAAAAUGCAAUUAACAGACAGUUUUUCCACUGCCGCCGCUACCGGUCCACACAAUACAACGAAUAUAAUAUAGAACUUAACGGCAUACACGUGUGUGAAUAUGUUUUUUUUUUAUAGCUUUGAAAAUCCACGUGAGCCCGCAAACAAAAGAAGUGCUCGAGACGUUCGGCACGUUCAACUUGGAACUGAGAGGUGAAGUCGAAAUGAAGGUGAGGAAAUCUCUUUCUAUAUAAUAUAUUAUCUAUAUUAUAUUUACUCGCAUAUUGUUUACCGGUCCAUUAUUACUGAUGAGUAAUAAGUAGAAACACGUCACACGGCCGUCUUGUGUUUUUGUCCAAUUCAUUUGCUGAAAUAAUACUAUGAUAGUUUGUGACAUAGUGAUUUCCAAUGAAAAAUACGACGAAACGCGAUACGAACGUACAAUGUUGUAACCAACAGAAAAACAAAUUUCUAUUAUUUGUGUCUAAGUUUUUAAUUUCGCUUUCACUUUAAAAAAAUGUAAGUCUUCCAUGUAUUAAAACUUCAAAAAUAGUUAUCACCUUAUCGGAUUCAUUUCGAGGAGUUGUUAUAACAGUUUAUAUUUUAUCUAUAUUAUGGUUCCAAUUAUUAAUAUCUUGAUUACCUAAUUUAUACAAACGUUGAAAACCUGAUUCAUUUUUUUUUUUUCUGUUUGGUAGUUUUCUAAACUAUUCCAAAAGUUAAAACAUUAAGUAUAUCUACCAUAGGAAGUCCAAAAAUGUUUAAACUAAUGCGCCUGUCCAAGAUUUUAAUCCUUAAAAUACGCUGUCGUACUAUGGCGUAAACUGAGUUUAACGUUAAUCCUGCAGAUUUAUUAGUCACGUGUAAACGUGAAAUAAAUGUUUCCUUUACAACACUCGCCAAACAUAAUAUUUUGCGUACCCUUGUCAACAAUCCCGAGUAAAUGCCCAAAUUAAGUUUUAAAAGAAGCGUUAAAAUUUCGUUAUUAUAUAGGUACCAUCCGACAGCCGUUUUUCUCCUGUCCGGUUAAUCGUGAUUUUCUCCGAAGAAAGACUGCAACAUAAUUAUAAUUUUGUAUACUUUGACAAAAUGGAAUUUAUAGUAUUUGAUUUAACUGAUGAACUGAAUAAAUUGAUUUAUUUGUAUAAUUUAUUUUUUCUCAAUCCCGUCACACAGGGCAAAGGAAAGAUGACGACUUACUGGCUGCUGGGCGAAAAGACACUCUCCAGCCCGGAAACGGCAGCGGCCAUGCCACCAGUUCCUCUACAACAACCGGCCAAUCCGAUCGGGUCAUUUUCAAAAUUUCACGCCAAUAACAACGUUGGAUCGUCGUCCACAAAAUCCUUGGCGAAUAGUAUGGCCAAUCACAACAAUAUCACCUCGUCCACGCCGCUGUUGCAGGGCGAUAACGGCUAAACGCGUCGUGAAUUAUGUUCACAUAACCCUAGCAAAAUCAAAAACCGCAUUCCCCACCGACAAUUUACCAUAGUCCCAUUUAUAGAAAUUACGCGUUUUUGUAUUAGUUUUAACCUAAAAAAAAAAAAAUACGCGUACGUAACUAUCUCUUGGUGAUAUUGUGUUGUUUUUCCCCCGAUCUUUCCACGCCACCGAUUUAUGCAAUAUGUAACGCACCAUUAAAUUUAUCGCGAACACCGCGGACGGUCAAAAUUCAGCACUCGCCUUGCAUAGGUAUACAUAAUACUUACUAAAUCCGCGUAUAAUGUGUUUUAUUGUUGAAAAUUGUAUAUAUAUAUAAUAUUAUGAUUUUAUUUUAUUCGUUUCAAUAAAGUAAUACGGUAUCGGACGAUACCAAGACCGGAAAACGGUUGAUAAAAGUAUAUUAUAUUUGUAAAUAGUGCAGAUGAUGUCAAAAUUCGAUGGCGAUACACCUAUACUAUAAUAAUCUAUCAGUUGUAUAUAAUAUUAUUAUCUAUACAAAGAGUUACUAGAAAUUUUUAGCACUUUCCCGUACGCGUAUCCUCGUAUAGUAUAAAACGUAUUCGUUGAAGUAUUAUAAUAUUAUUCUUAUGUAUAUAACAUGCAAAUGCAACAGGUGUAUAGAGCCUGUCAAAUAUAUUCCGUAGUUAUAAUAUGAUGGACGUAGACUUAUAUUAACGAGUACAGGCAGCUAGAGUAUACUUUGACGGUGGGUGUAGUUGAACACGCGGGACGUGUCGAUCGAAUUUUCGUUUUUCUUCGAUACCAAGAACAAUAUAAUAUUAUAAAUAUGACAAUGAUGAAAAAAGUCCGAAUUUGCCAAGAUUAAAAUAACCAGUUAGGAAAUUCUAAAUCUUAAAUUUAUUAUGAAUCCUAAUUUGGGAUUUCGAAUUCUUUAACAUUGUAGAUUUUUUAUACUAUGUGUACAAUCACUAUUUAGGCUACUAAAUAUACCAAAUAUAAAACCUAAUUAUUAUAUACAUUUCAAAGACUAUACUCAUAAUAUUACAUAAAAGUACAUAGAAGUGUAUUUAAUAAUAUGGAAAUAGAAAUAGAAAAAACCAUGAACAAUGCAUGUUCAGAUUUAAACAGUUCGUAAUUCGGAUUUAUCAUGUUACAUCACUAUAAUAUAAUUACAAAGAACAUUUUUUUUCUUCGUCAAUCGCGAUAAAAAAUAAAACUCAAAAUAACAUCAAAUGAAAUAAAUUGAUAGAAAACAGAAAACUUGUUUUCAAAUUCGAUGGAAAAUGAUACAGUCGGAAAAGGAAAUACGGAUUUUGGUGGAAAAUGGCCAUUCCCCGAAUACCUAUCUCUAUAUAAUAAUGAUCGUCUUUUCUUUCUUUUUUUUUCUAAGAUAACAAAUGCCGUUGGAUAGUUGGACCUUACCCACACGGCUUUACCGGAUUUUAUUUCCCGUACUUAAAAACUUCCGGGUUGGCGUUUCACGAUUUCGGACGUUUAUUAACCUAGCCUUACCUGGUCACAAUUAAUCUCGCUUUUCGAUUUCCCUUGGGAUUUCGUGAUGUUUUCGCGUUGCUAUUUUUAUACGCGUUUUAAAACGUAUCUACGCCGUGUAGUUUAGAAUGCGUUUACCGCAAUACAACUAAAUAAUUGUAUUAAAUGUUUGAUCGAUCGCGCUCAGCCGCUGUCAAUAACGUUUUUUUUUUUUCAUAAUAUUUUAUUACACCGUAAGCGGCGAAAAAAACCGUUGUCUUUCAUCACUGUAGGUAUAAUAUUAGUACUAUCGGUACAUCGAAUAAAACUACAAUUGGUGUUAUAUUUGUUUUCUAUAAAUAAGUGACCAAAAACAAACAAAAAAACAAAAAUAAUUGUUUUGUCAAAAUAGUAAUAUCAACGCCCACGCCGAAAAACUGCGAUUUCGACCAAACUAUAAAACCGCUCAGUGUUUUACCUUCAUGGCAAUUGCCUUUUAUACCGCGAAAUUCCGUCAUUACUAUAACGGAUAAAAUAUUAUGUCACGAACAUCAAUUCGCAUAAACUAGUGUUUCUCAACUUUUUUAUACUACGCCCCACUUGUAGAUUUUCAAAAAUCGCAUGUCCCCCCCCCCUAUUAAUGAAAUAUAUGAACUUAUUGUUUUUAUAUUUUAUUCUUACAUUUUCAUCAUCGCUAUAUUAUUUCCCACGCAGUAAUCCCUAGAUCAUUCCUUAGAUUCUUCCCGGGGGGAAUUUCCCCUACCCCGCCCCUGGGAAACACUAGUAUAAACUGUACAGUGGCGGAUCCAGACCUUAAAUUUGGAGGGUGGAGGAUAACCAUUUACGUAAAUGAAACUUGAUAUAUAUUUUACCGCAAUGUACAAGAAAAAAUCAUACUAUACUCCAGUGUUUUUGGAGGUGGAGGGCAAAUGACCUUAUCGCCCUCCUUAAAUCCGCCACUGAUACCAUGCAAGCGGCAAUACUCCUAUAUUGAUAAUUUUGAAAACAUUUUUUUUUUUCUUUUGGAAAUCAUAUAACACCAUCAUAAAAACAACAACAAGUAGUUUUACUCGAAGUUCUACAGAUAGUGGAUAAUAAAUCGUGUGGUGGAUUUUUUCCCACCACGUAUACGCAUCCGUCUUAAUAUGGUCUUACACAUAAUAAUAUAUAUAUUAUAUAGUCGUCUUAUCAUUUGUGUACCGUUAUUGGUUUAUUAUAUCAUAUUUAUAUAUCAAAUUUAAUUUUAAAAAUUGUUUUUUCUGUUAAUAUUUAAUAAACCUAUAUUAUAUUAAUAUUAAUUAUUAUUACCAAUUAUAAUAUAUUAUAUGGAAAUUAAUUUAUUACGCGUUUUAUUAUGAUAACGAUAUUUAAAUAAUAUUAAACAUUUACCUACAUAUAAUUAUUAUAUUCGCCCGCGCGUUUUAAAUGCGACGGCCAUUAUAAUAAUACCUAUAUAUACUUACCUAUACAAUAUAUAUAUUUUAACGUUAAGUUUUAACUACUUAUUAUUAAUUAUAAUUUAUUCGAGUCGCGUACAUUUAUUCGACGUGAUUAUUAUUAUGACGAAAUAGGUUAGCGAAGUAUAAAGUUGUUGUAUUAUUUUGUUAACAAUAGCGGUUUUUUUUUUUUAGUACGUUAUUAUUGUAGUACGUUGUAAGCAUUAUAUUUACCGUGUGUAAAAAAAAAAAAAAAACAAAACAAAUAUUUUAAACGUUUCAGUCGCGCAUUUUUCCAUAUUAUUAUACCUAAUAAUAGAACGUCUACCUAAAUAUAUAUAUAUCCGAAAAAGUGUAGUUUUCACAUUAUAUAAAUAUUGGAC